AUGUCACAAGAGGAUGCUCCUACGAAUGCUCCAAGAUUUGUUGACAAACACCCAGAUUCUCCAUUCGACGACACUUUUGAGUUUGAAGAGAAUGUUCCCAAGAGAAAACCUUCAAGAGGUGGAUCAAUUCUGAAAAAAUUUGGUAGUUUUAGAAGGAAUAAUGACGACAGUAGCGGCGGACAAGAUGGAAAACUACGAGUGGCAUUUGAUGAGCUUGAUGACCAGUCUUCGUUCUCGCCGGGUACGCAGUCAAACAAAGCGCGUAAUAAUAACGAUGAUUACGUAUUAGGAUUUCAAGGUGAUGAGGAAGAUGAAGAUGAAGAUGAUGAUGCUCAUUCUUACAAGGCUACCCCACGUUUAGGUGGUAUUGAAGGUGAAGGUGCUACUUUUGAAGAUGUGUCAUUAGAUGGUGCAGAUCAAAACAAUAAAGAUAGUAAAUAUGGCACAUCGAGUCAAACUCAACAAGAGAUGAAGAGAUUGCGUAUGGGUACUAGAAGAAAUAAUAAAGGAAAUGUGAGUGUUGGGAGAGCUAAAACGUUACGUUGGGCGAAGAAAAAUUUCCAUAACCCAUUUGAGGAUCCAAAGAAAGAUAGCCCUCCUGUUGAUGAGACUGGUAUGGAAAAUCGUAUUGGACAAAUGAGAACGAUUUAUUUCAAUAUGCCAUUACCUCAGAAUAUGCUUGAUGAAGAAGGUAAGCCGAUUACUCGCUAUCCAAGGAACAAAAUCAGAACGACAAAAUAUACACCAUUAACGUUUUUUCCCAAGAAUAUUGCGUUACAAUUUCAAAAUUUUGCUAACGUUUAUUUUUUGAUUUUGGUUAUUCUCGGUGGAUUUUCAAUCUUUGGUGUUACAAGUCCUGGUAUGAAUGCAGUCCCAUUAAUUGUUAUUGUUAUUAUCACCGCUAUUAAGGAUGCCUUUGAAGAUUCAAGACGUACCGUUCUUGAUUUAGAGGUCAACAAUACAAGAACUUACAUUUUACAAGGUAUGGAAAAUUCCAAUGUUUCUAAUGAUAGCGUUUCACCUUGGAGAAGAUUUAAAAAGGCAAAUUCGAAAUUACUAUUCCAACUUAUCACUUAUUGUAAAAGCCAUAUGACUGAAGAUGGUAAAAGGAGAAGAUUACAAGCAAAAAGAGCUAAACUGCAUGGUACAAGACUGUCAAGUGAUAAACCCCGUAAUUCCUUAGAUUCAAUUGAAAGUUAUAGAGCUUCGGGCGAUUAUGCUCGUUUUUCUCAGGAUUUUGAUAAUUUGGGUCGUGUUGUCUCUAGAACUGAUGAUGUUAAUAUCAUCGAUAGAGAAUUACCAUCAAACACCGAAUGUAAAUUUAACAAAGAUUAUUGGAAAAAUGUUAGAGUUGGUGAUGUGGUUCGUAUUCAUAACAAUGACGAAAUUCCUGCAGAUAUUAUUCUUUUAUCCACAUCAGAUUUAGAUGGUGCUUGUUAUGUGGAAACUAAGAAUUUAGAUGGUGAAACUAAUCUAAAAGUUCGUCAAUCAUUGAAAUGUACUCAUAAGAUUAGAAAUUCUCGUGAUGUGACUAGAACAAAAUUUUGGGUUGAAAGUGAAGGUCCACAUGCUAAUUUGUAUUCUUAUCAAGGAAAUUUAAAAUAUCUGGAUACGAAAGAUGACGAAUUGAGAAAUGAACCAAUCAAUAUAAACAAUAUGCUACUUCGAGGAUUUACUUUAAGGAACACCAAAUGGGCAAUGGGGAUUGUGGUUUUCACUGGUGAUGAUACGAAGACAAUGUUAAAUUCUGGUGUUACUCCAACUAAAAAAUCAAAGAUCUCAAAAGAAUUGAAUUUUUCAGUUUUAAUCAAUUUCUUAGUAUUAUUCAUCUUAUGUUUCAUCUCUGGUGUGGCUAAUGGUGCUAAUUAUGAAAAAAGUGAUCAAUCUCGAGAUUCUUAUGAAUUUGGUACAGUGGCUGGUAAUCCUGCUACUAAUGGAUUUGUAUCAUUUUGGGUCGCAGUUAUUUUAUAUCAAUCCUUGGUCCCAAUUUCGCUAUACAUUUCUGUGGAAAUUAUUAAGACGGCUCAAGCAGCAUUUAUCUAUGGUGAUGUGCUUCUUUACAACGCUCGGUUGGAUUACCCUUGUACACCAAAGUCUUGGAACAUUUCUGAUGAUUUAGGGCAAAUUGAAUAUAUUUUCUCCGAUAAAACAGGAACUUUAACCCAAAACGUUAUGGAAUUCAAGAAAGCUACGAUUAACGGUAUUUCUUACGGACGUGCUUAUACAGAGGCUUUAGCAGGUUUGAGGAAAAGACAAGGUGUAGAUACGGAUACUGAAGGUCGUCGCGAAAAGGAAGAAAUUGCCAGAGAUAAGGAUACUAUGAUCAAUGAAUUGAGAGCCUUAUCAAGUAAUUCUCAAUUCAAUCCCGAUGAUCUAACAUUUAUCUCUAAGGAAUUCGUUCGUGACUUACAAGGUGACAAUGGUGAAUACCAACAGAGAUGUUGUGAACAUUUCAUGUUGGCAUUGUCUCUAUGUCAUUCUGUACUUGUGGAGCCUAGUAAACAUGAUCCUCAGAAAUUGGACCUUAAGGCACAAUCACCAGAUGAAGCUGCACUUGUCGGUACUGCUCGUGAUGUAGGGUUCAGUUUUGUGGGUAAGACAAAGAAAGGUUUACUAGUGGAAAUUCAAGGUGUCACCAAAGAAUUCAGAAUUCUAAACAUCUUAGAGUUUAACUCCUCUAGAAAGAGAAUGAGUUGUAUUGUACAAAUUCCUCCAGCUAAUCCCGGUGAUGAUCCAAGAGCUCUUUUAAUCUGUAAAGGUGCGGAUUCAGUCAUUUAUUCCAGGUUGAAACGUUCUGGAGCAGCAAAUGAUGAAACUCUUCUUGAAAGAACUGCUUUACAUUUAGAACAAUAUGCUACUGAAGGUUUGAGAACUUUGUGUUUAGCUCAAAGAGAAAUAUCGUGGGCGGAAUAUGUGGAGUGGAAUAAAAAAUACGAUACAGCAGCUGCGGCCUUAACUAAUAGAGAAGAAAGGUUAGACGAAGUCGCUGAUAUCAUUGAACGUGAAUUAGUUCUCUUAGGUGGUACCGCAAUUGAAGAUCGUUUACAAGAUGGUGUUCCUGAUUCUAUUUCAUUAUUAGGUAAAGCUGGUAUUAAGCUUUGGGUUUUGACUGGUGAUAAAGUGGAAACUGCCAUUAACAUUGGGUUCUCAUGUAAUCUUUUGACUAAUGAAAUGGAACUACUAAUCGUCAAACAAGCAGGUGAAGAUGUGGAAGAAUUUGGAAGCGAUCCGUUUGAAGUCGUGAACACUUUACUAACUAAAUAUUUGAGGGAAAAAUUUAGUAUGACGGGAUCUGAAACGGAACUAGCUGAGGCUAGACGUGAGCACGGGUUACCUCAAGGUGAAUAUGGUGUGGUUAUUGAUGGUGAUGCAUUGAAAUUGGCAUUAAGCAAUGAUGACAUUAGACGUAAAUUUUUAUUGCUGUGCAAGAACUGUAAAGCCGUUCUAUGUUGUAGAGUGUCUCCAUCUCAGAAGGCUGCCGUUCUUAAAUUGGUUAAAGAAUGGUUAUCAGUGAUGACCUUGGCCAUUGGUGAUGGUUCUAAUGACGUUGCCAUGAUUCAAUCUGCUGAUGUUGGUAUUGGUAUUGCUGGUGAAGAAGGUCGUCAAGCUGUGAUGUGUUCGGAUUAUGCUAUUGGUCAAUUCCGUUAUCUAACGAGAUUGGUUCUUGUCCAUGGUAGAUGGUCUUAUAAAAGAUUAGCAGAAAUGAUUCCUGAAUUUUUUUACAAAAACGUUAUUUUCACUUUGGCAUUGUUCUGGUACGGUAUCUAUAAUAAUUUUGAUGGGUCAUAUUUAUAUGAAUACACCUAUGUGAUGUUCUACAACUUGGCAUUCACAUCAUUACCAGUUAUCUUUUUAGGUAUACUGGAUCAAGAUGUAAGUGAUACCGUUUCAUUGAUUGUCCCUGAGUUGUACCAUGUCGGUAUCUUACGUUUAGAAUGGAAUCAAUACAAAUUUUUGUGGUAUAUGGUUGAUGGUCUUUACCAAUCGGUUAUUUGUUUCUUCUUCCCCUAUUUGGUUUAUCACAAGACCAUGAUUGCAUCAAAUAAUGGUUUAGGUCUGGAACAUCGUUAUUACCUUGGUACCAUCGUUACCACAAUUGCUGUAGUUACUUGUAAUAGUUAUGUGCUAUUACACCAAUACAGAUGGGAUUGGUUUACAACUAUGUUUAUCGCCAUUUCAUGUUUGGUUCUUUUCUCUUGGACAGGUAUUUGGUCAAGCUCCCUUGCAAGUGGUGAAUUUUUUAAAGCUGGUGCCCGUCUUUAUGGUUCACCUUCAUUUUGGGCGGUUUUCUUUGUUGGGACAGUAUUCUGUCUAUUACCAAGAUUUACCUGGGAUUGUUUUAACAAAAUGUUUAACCCCAGAGACGUGGAUAUAGUUAGAGAAAUGUGGUUACGAGGUGAUUUUGACCAUUACCCUCCAGGAUACGAUCCAACAGAUCCAAAUAGACCUAAUAUUUCCAAGGGUGGCAGAUUCGGUGAGAAUGUAAUUUCCUUAGGUGCACUCUCUAACGGUGUUAAUGAUACCUAUUCACAUGACACUGUUACAACCGAAGAAAUUCCUAUGCGUGUAAUGGAUUUCCCAGAUGGAUCACCAAGACAAUUUGUCAAAGAGGAACCAUGGAAAUCUUCACCAAGAGAAAACCAAGAUUUGCUACAUUCACCAAGAAUAAAACAACAAAAACAAGAAAAAUUGGAACAAUUAAACAAAUUGGAACGAUUAGAAGAAUUAGAACAAGCUGAACAAGAACAGCGGCUUCAAUUGUCAGCUCUGAGCGGUCCAAGUGAUCCAGAGCUCUCAAUGGCAACUGCGCCAUCACCUUACGUGCCACCAAGAAUCUCAUACAAUCCACCAAGAGCCUCUUACGAUGUACCUCGUGGGCCUUACGUUCAAAGAGGUCCGCAGGAUCCACCAAGAGCUUCUUACAACUAUCCAAGACAUUCAUAUGAUAGAGCUCGCCUGUCUAUGGAUAGACCAAGACGUUCCAUGACAAGCGAUCCGGCUAGAGUUUCUUUGGAACGUACUAGAAAUGAGAUGCUUGCUAAUAACCAGCUUGAUUACAGAUAUUCAACGGAUAGAGCUCGUACAUCACUUGACCUACCGGGUGUAACACACGCAGUUAACCUAAUGAACCAGGGCAAGAAAUGA